UAAUAAUAAACAAGCUAAUAUGUCUACAAUUGAGAAGCAAAUAUAGAAAUAAACAAAACUAAGUAAUGAAUUCGAGUAAAUAUACAAUUCAUAAGAAACAAAUUCAAAUUCAUCUUUCUUUGAUGAAGAGAGAAGUUUAGAUUUCGAUGAUGAUAAUUCAUCAGAUGAAAAAUCCUUAUCAGAUAUAUGGGAUAUUGUAUAAAUUAGCAUUUAGAAUGUAAUUUUUUCUUUUAAAAAAUUUAGUGUUAAAAUCCAAAAUCUAUUGAAGAAAAUCCAAAAUCCAAAGUGCAUCUUUAAAGAACAGGUUCUAAUAGAAUGAGUUAAGAAUUAUUUGAUGAAAGAGAUUGUAAGUGCAUUAGCAUAAAUUCUAAUUAUGGUAAGAGCAUUGCCAUAGACGUGCUUGGACAAGGAUCCAUUGGUAAGUAAAACAAGAAGGAUAAGAAAUUAUAAAAAUUAGUUCUUAAAUAAGUUGAAUAGAUUAAUAAUAAUAAUAAUAAUAAUAAUAAUAAUAAUAAUAAUAAUAAUAAUAAUAAUAAUAAUAAUAAUUAUGAUUGGCAACAACAAUAAAAUAUAAAUUAUAAAAGAAAUUAUUAAUAGACGAGAGUUAAUUAUUAAUAAGAAUAAUAAACGAGAUUUAAUUUUUAGUAAGAAUAAUAAAGAGAUUAAGUUCAUAAUAGAAAAUAAGUUAUUGAAUGUUAAAAAAUAAGUCUUGCAUACUUAAUGAUGGAAAGAGAAGUGGAAAGAAAAGCAUUAAUUAAAGCUAAAAAUUUUAUUGAGAAUUAUAUGCCUAAUUGUAAAUAAGAAGAAGUUCUUCAAAUGAUUACAGAAACUUAUAAAAUCAUGCUCAUUCCAGAUUAAUAAUUUUAAUAAUUAGCUUAAGUAUUGAAUUAAGAAGACCGCCUAUUUCAAUUGAACUUAUCCUUACUUCGCCUUAAUUUAAGUCAUAAUGUACAUCCACUAGCCUUGAAAUCGGAAUAGAAAUUAAUAUAGUAUUUUUAAGGGUUUUGAAAAGUAAUUCAAAAAACAAUGCAAAGGAAAAAUGAGAGUUUAAUUAUAAAUUUGUUUGUAGC